CCUCUGCGAUGCCGGUCGCGCCGCCGCCAUGGUAGCGGCAGCCAUUGGUGGAGGGGGCGAGGGGACGUCGUGCUGCCCCCUGCAGAGUGGAGCCCGGGGCGCCCUGCCCCCCCAUUGCGACGCCCCUGUCCACAGACAUCUCUCUGGGUCAUGUGACCAGCAUGACUAAAACACUUCUGGUGCAACAGAACACCGUGAUGGAAGCCAGAGUGCAUGGAAACGCCAUUUACCUUCCCACCACAGCAGUACCUGUUUAUAUAUUUGCACUGGUGUGAUUUCAAACUGCUAGGUUGGCAGAAGCUGGGACAAAGCAAUGGGAGUUCACCCUGCCGUGCAGAUUCAAACCACCGACCUUCUGAUCGGCAAGCCCAAGAGGCUCAGUGGUUUAGACUACAGCGCCACCAGAGUACCGGCAUUUUUGUACACAUUGAUCGGCAUUGCAAAAUUUGGAGAAGUGCAAAUUUCAAAGGAUGACGUGUGUGUGAACAUGAACUGAAUUAAAUUUCAUCCCUACCUAGAAAGUAAGAUGAGCCAUCCCAAAACAUUUAGCUGCCUGAGGCAAUGGAAAUGUGUUUUUUCUUUUCUUUUUCCCAUUCAAAGCCUGCUGGACAGCAGUGGGGCACUGCACCUCCACUGCACUCAUGGGGAACAGGCCAGUCUGGGGAAGGAGGGCAGACCACAUGAGUCCCAGGACCUGUACUCCGAACAGUGCCAGCCAGCAUAGUCAAUGGUCAGGAAUGAUGGCAGCUGCAGCCGAACAUCACCUGGAGAACCACAAGUUCCCCCACCUCUGAUUUUUAAGCGCUCCUUCUGCCUCCAUUCACAGCAUUCUGAGAAUGCCAUACAAAAUAUGUCUAGUUAAUGUUUAAAACUUCUACCUUAAGGCAUUCUCUCAUGCUGCUAUGAAAACCUCUUUUCGGCACUCUGGAGCUGACCAUACCAGCUCAUUUUCGCCACCAGAUAAAGCCAGCCCAAAUCAUCAAGUAAAAUCAGAACUGUCUGUUUUUUUUUUUGUUGGAAUUAAAUUUAAAACAACAAACAUCAUUGCUAGCAAGAUCGGGAAAACAUUUUACACUUUUAAUUCUUGUUAGCAGUUUCUCACUUCUGCAUAUACAUUUCUUUCCUUCUUUGUCUUGGCAUAAAACAUUACAAUAGUGGUAUCUUUAUUCUGGAGCCUGUUACUGAAAGGUUUUAAUCAGCAUGUAAAGGCAUUUAUUUGUUUAAUUUGCAGUGUUUGUUACACGCUACCUGGUAGCAGACGUUAUUUGGGUGUACAAGCCAAAGAAAAAAGAAAAAAAACUGAAGUAUGUUUAACUCUGGUCCUCUCCAGCCUAAAUGUGAAAUCUAAACGAGACUGAGAAGGACAGUAGAAUAAUAUCAGUGUAAAACCAGCUACAGAGAAUAACACCAGUACCAAGGAUCUGGGGAAGGUCUGUAGCUUGGUGAUAGAGCAUAUUCUUUGCAUGCGGAAGAUCCCAGGUUCAGUCUCUGGCAUCUCCGGGUAGCGCUGGAAGAGACUCCUUUUCUGAAAACCCUGGAGAACCGCUGCCAGUCAAUGUAGACCAGGGCUAGCCAGAUGCUGCUGGACUUUAGCUUUCAUCCUCCCCAGCCAACAUGGCCAAUGGUCAGGGAUGCUGAGAGUUGGGAGCAACACCUGGAGGUCACCACAUGCACUACCCCUGGAUAGACCGUACUGAGCUAGGUGAACUAAUGGAAUCUCUUGAUGUUGGUACUGACCUUUAAAGCCCUAAACGGCCUCGGUCCUGUAUACCUGAAGGAGCAUCUCCACCCCCACCAUUCAGCCUGCACACUGAGAUCCAGCACCGAGGGCCUUCUGGCGGUUCCCUCAUUGCAAGAAGUGAGGUUAAAGGGAACCAGACAGAGGGCCUUCUAGGUAGUGGCACCUGCCCUGUGGAACGCCCUCCCAGCAGAUGUCAAGGCAAUAAGUAACUAUUUUACUUUUAGAAGACAACUGAAGGCAGCCCUGUUUAGGGAAGUUUUUAAUGUUUGAUGCUGUAUUGUUUUUAAUAUUCGGUUGCAAGUCGCCUAGAGUGGCUGGGGAAACCCAGCCAGAUGGGCGGGGUAUAAAUAAAUAAAUAAAUAAUAAUAAUAAUAAUUAUUAUUAUUAUUAUUAUUAUUUAUUAAAAGCAGCUUCCUGUGUUCUGAAAGCAUUAAGGUAUCUUAGAAUCCUAGAGUUGGAAGGGACCCUGAGGAUCAUCUAGUCUAGUGUAACACCUGCAAUGCAGGAAUAUGCAGUUUUACCUUACAGGAAUCGAGCCUGCAACCGUAGUAUUAUCAAUACCACACUCUGACCAGCUAAGCUAUCAAAGGCUCAGUUCUUUUCUCUUGAGAGAAAGGAAGCCUAUUUAUUAAAGUAUCAUAUACGUAUGCAACUUAUAAAUCCACAGCAAAAUAAUGCUUUUUUAAAAAAGUACAUACUGCAAUGCACCCAAUAACCUAAGACGUAUGUUUCAUUGUACUUUGUUACUCCUACAUAACAAACAUUCUCCACUUCUCUAUGAACACAUUAUUCUGUCUCCUAUCCUCUCUAAACCUAACUUUCUUUGUUAAGAUGAAAAAGGUUGGGGAAAUUCCAAAAUCUACCUGGUGCGAAAUGAUUACCAGAUGAAGGUGCAGGGCAAGUCUUUUUAGGGAGUGCGUUACAUGAGGAUAUAUGGAGGAGAAAUUCGAUUCCGUUCACACCUGAUGGUAAACCAACUAAAUUUACAGUUUCUAAAACAAUGUGUGAUUAGUUUGCAAACAGAAUCAUAUAUUAGACAAAACUGCAAACCAACAUGUGUAUAUUAGGAGAAAUUCACACUAAGGCACUCCUGAGCAAUUUUGUAAAAAAUCUGCAAACUGGUCUGGAAAUGUAAAGAGCUGAAGAUUGGAAAAAUGAGAAACCAAAACAGAGAUUUGCCCAUCCUUAGCUGUAUGAUAGAUGAUGUCUGUGCAUGUGUAUGAAAAUGAUACAUGAGUAACGUAUAGGAGUACUGUAAGGAUAGACAAGCUUUUUGCUGUUAAGAGCCACAUUGCCCUGACGUAGUUUGUUGGCAGUGCUUGCAAGCUGUGGGUGGAGCCAAAGCUAAUAAUGGUAAGGGCCACCCAGAGAGAAUAUUUCUCUCUCUGUCUUUGCCCCCCCCCCAAUCCCCAUGGGCUGCCAGGGAAGGGACAGAAUGCUCUUGCUGACAGUCUAAACUGUUCACUUACAGAGGGCUUUUGAAAUUAGGUUGCGGACCACAGGGUUCCCACCUCUGGAGCAGCAUACUUGUUUGAGUGCAGUGUGAUUCCUCUGGCACUUUGAAUACGCCCUUUAGUUGAGCCGCACAAUGCUCUGGGUUCCACGACUGCAAAGAGGGCAUUGUGAUCUCUGCGGCAGGAGAACAGAACCCACGUUUUGAAUUGUUGUGCACUGAAACUGGCUGCAGUCCACCUCUUUGGGCAGGAAAGAAACAUGAGACCGAUGUGAAACUUCUUGCUUUAUUUGGCUACUGAACCAGUGGCCUCUCAUAUUCACCAUUAUGUGAUCUGAGAUAGUGCCAUAGAAAGCAAUUCAGGAAGUUAAUGUUAUCUCCUGGUGGAAUAUACUAUGUUAGAAUAUGUUUUUGGUAACAACUUCCCUCUUUCAUCUCUGAGGCCGGCAGGGAGUCCAUUGUUUUGAUUUCCUCUGUUUCAGAAUGGUGAAAAGUGCUUUAUGCUCCAAUAACAUCCUAAAUGGUUUGGAGGCUGCAGUCUUUCAAGUGUUGCCUCGCCUUCAGCAUGUGCCUGCCCCACUCAGUGUGUAGAUGCUCCAAAAACUUUGAGGUGUGGCGAUCAGAACCGUACACAGUAUUCUAAGUGUGGGACAGAUUUCUGCUGUGUCAUUGUGAGUUUAACCCCCUUCCUUAUUCCUUCCUUCCUUCUCUAACCUUACCUGUUGGUGUGAGUCAUAUGAAAAAAUAAAAAUGGGGAACUAUUACACCCUUUGGGCCAGGAGUUUCCUGCCAUAAAUAACCAAGAAGGUUUAAUUGCGAUUUUGUAAUGAAUUUUUUUUUGCACCGAAGGAGGCAAUAAGGAAAAGAACAAAAAAUGGGACCAACUUAGGAGGAAAUCAUUAAGCCACAUGAAUGCUAAUUAAUGUCCCGAGACAAGAGAAGGCUAGUCUGAGAGCUUGCAUGCACUCACCUAGUCUUCUGACUUGCAGAAUGUUCAUGUUCUGGAAUCGUAAGUAUUAUUUUUCCACCAUGCAUACAUGUUUUUGCAGCAUGCCGAGCUUGUGCCUGCGAAUGGGGUUUCCUUACCAAUGGGUUCCUGUGUGUUUGGCUCUGCUGGUUGUGGCACUUGGAGCUUGCGAGUGUAAAAUGAAUUUUGCAGCUGAAUUCUGAAACAGAGCUAAUAACUGGCAGUGAAGUGUGCUUGUAUGGCUGACCAUUAGGUCCAGUCGUGACCGACUCUGGGGUUGUGUGCUCAUCUCGCAUUAUUGGCUGAGGUAGCCGGCGUAGAGCUUCCAGGUCAUGUGGCCAGCAUGACAAAGCCGGUUCUGGCAAACCAGAGCAGCUCAUGGAAACACCGCUUACCUUCCCGCCGGAGCGGUACCUAUUUAUCUACUUGCACUUUGACGUGCUUUAGAACUGCUAGGUUGGCAGGAGCUGGGACCGAGCAACGGGAGCUCACCCCGUCACAGGGAUUUGAACCACCGACCUUCGGAUCAGCAAGCCCUAAAGGUUUUGAUUGAUUGAACAAACUUAGUUGUUCUCUAAGGUGCUACUGGACAAUUUUAAAAUUUUUAAAUUUAUUUCGACUGCAUCAGACCAACACGGCUACCUACCUGAUUCUGUGAAAAGAGUCUCCCUACUACGGUACUCUCAGCACCGUUAACAAACUACAGCUCUUUGGGGGGAAGCCAUGGCUGUUUGAAGUGGCACCACAGUGCUUUAAAUGCAUCCCAGAGUUGGGUUUUGUAGUGUGUGCUUAAGUGCUUAAGGGAGUUAUGCCAAUCCUGCACCCUCCUCUUUGGACUGUGGAUCAGCUGUCAAAUUAAUAUGUAGGCAGACCUUGAUUAAUAGGGGGUUGGGGGCAGGGGAGAGGCCUACCUGUUGGGUGCUGUGAGGCCUCCUGGUAACUACAGGCCCCGAGGCAUUUCUCAUGCAAAAUCUCCCCGCAGCUAUGUUUUGUUUAUUUCUGAACUGCUAAAAAAAAUCAAAAACCUCCUAAGUGGUAUACAAUAUUAAAAAAGCCAAGGAGUUGUAGUCACAGAAUUGUAGAGUUGGAAGAGACACCAAGGGUCAUCUAGUCCAACCCUACAGCGGGGGGGGGGGCUCUAAACCACUAACCUUCUGGUUUUAACAGCCAGAUGCACUGAUCCCACUAAUCUUUACUCAGAUUAGACCCAUUGAAAUUAAUGGAAUAGGCUAGUCAUAAAGGUAAAGGGACCCCUGACCAUUAGGUCCAGUCGUGACCAACUCUGGCAUUGUGGUGCUCAUCUUGCACUAUUGGCCAAGGGAGCCGGCGUACAGCUUCCAGGUCAUGUGGCCAGCAUGACUAAACCACUUCUGGCGAAUAAGAGCAGCGCAUCUACUUGCACUUUGACGUGCUUUCAAACUGCUAGGUUGGCAGGAGCUGGGACUGAGCAAUGGGAGCUCACCCCGUCGCGGGGAUUCGAACCGCCAACCUUCUGAUCGGCAAGCCCUAGGCUCUGUGGUUUAACCCACAGCACCACCUGCGUCAUACCAGCCAUUAAUUUCAAGGGGUCCACUCUGAGUGAAAGUUGAAAACAACCCAAUAUCAUAAAAAUACAAACUGAAACCCAUGAAAGAGCUGGAUAAAAGCAGUUAAAAAAGAACAAAACAAUCAUACAGAGGACUCGUACACAUAAACCACGGUCCAUUUUUAUGGGUCAGGGGAAGCCUGGGCAAAAAGUUGAGUCUUUAUAAAAUAUCUGAAGCUUUUCCCUCUGAAAUGGCAGAGGGAAGCACAUUUUGUAGUAUAGGGGCAACAGCAGAAAAUGCUUUCUAAGUGAAUGGCUUUAUGUUAUCAAGGCCUUGAACAUGUCCUAUGUUCCUAGGACUAUCACAGCCCUUUUGUGUUUGACUCUUGUGCAGAGGUGGGGAACCUGUGGCUCUCCAAAUGUUGCUGAAUUACAGCUGGCCACUGCCCAGCCCAGCCCAGGAUUCCAUUUCUUGGUCAUGAUAGCGUGUGACAAAGAGACAGAACCCAUGAACCAGCUUACAGUUAAAGUUCCAUACAUAGUCCUGAUUGGAGAGUAGUUUGUUUGCCUUAUUGCAUUUCUAUCCCACCUUUUCUCCAGGAGGUAUACAUGGUUCUCCCCCCCUCCUCAUUUAAUCCCCACAACAACCUUGUGAGGUAGGUUAGGCUGAGAGGCAGUUACUGGCCUGAGGCCACCCAGUGAGCUUCAUAGCCAAACAAGGACUUGAACCCUGGUCUUCCAGGUCCUAGUCCAACGCUCCAACCACUACACCACUCUGAUGGCUGGACUCAGUAUGCGCUAUGAGUGGUCUAUUGUGCAUUUUUGAUGGAUUCCGACAAAGAUAACAAGGGCAAUGACUGCCCUCCCCAUCCCACAUGCACACACCCUCGCCUGUGGCCAGUUUCCACACACCCAGUUGCUUGUUUUGGCAAUCGGCAGCGGUGCUUGGAUUAAUAAUCAUAAUAAUAAUAAAAAACCUUGGCCUCCUCUCUCCCGCCGUCCAGGAAAUGCUGCCCAAACUGACAAGCCUGCUGAAAGGCAGAGUCAACUCAGCGCCUACCCAAAGAAAUGGCUCCUUUCUCCUUCCUGAGAACACCUGCUGGGAUCAAGAUGACGACAGCUGCACCGGUGUCUGAGAAUUCUGUGUCUUCAACAGAUGCAACCACAAAGUCUCAAGAACAAAUUCUUUAUCAGAGUUCUGGAGCGAUUGUGGCGGCCAUUGUAGUUGGCGUCAUAGUUAUAUUCACUGCAGUUCUUCUCUUGCUGAAAAUGUAUAAUAGACGCAUGAGGACAAAGCGGGAGCUAGAACCGAAGAACGCCAAAGCCACAACCCCCUCAACUCUGGGGCAGGACACCAAUAGUGCCAGUCGCACCACAACGGUGACGUUCGUCCCCAUGGACAUCCACAUGCCAAACAGAAGGCCCUGAGGCAUGAGCGCCACAGAGGAUGACAAAUCAGACCCAGAAAUGGGCCUUACAGGCUCUGGGAAGACCUGUGAUUCGUCAACAUAAAGGAAGUUAAAGACUCUCCACGUUUCUGUUUCUUUAAGAAAGAAAAAGACUGGGAUCCUCAGGACAAUGGAUGUCACCCAGUUGCAAAAGUGGCGUCUUGUCUCUACAGCUGUGGAUACAUAAGGGUAGCUGGUGGCAAGGCUGCCCCCGUAGUUGGAUCAAGAGAUGCCCUUCCACCAUUUCCUGCUGCUUCACAUUAGGCUGUCCAUGGUCAUGGAUCCUGAGCGGUCCUUUGCUGGUUGGAGAUUCUGAAGAGGCAAAGGGAACUCCCACCCACCCAAGGCCAUCCAUACUGUUAGGGAGAGUGAGGUGGCUGCUUUAGGCGGCAGGUACUGAGGGAUGUGGAGUGGGAUGUGGAGUAUUUGAGGGCAGAGCUGUCUGUGACACAAAACACAGCCUGCGCAGCAUCCCCCAAACUAGCCUGCUGCUCGCAGGUGCUAGUGUGAGGAAUUUGGGGUGGGGUGGGGUAGGGAGAAAUCGCCUUCUCCUGUUCAUCAGUUUUUAAAGCCUCCUCGUGCCCCAAAUUAAAGAAAAGUUUAUACCUUCAGUGGCAUCGCUCCACUUCAGAUUGGCUGACUCUUUUUCCGUGUUCAAGGAGCUGUGCUUUGUCUUUUUCCCCUCCUGUAUGGGGAGCAUUUGAACAUUUGACCUCUUACAAGGAAAAGAGAAAAGGCCACCUGAUUCAUCAGGGUAGCUAGAGCAACUCUCCUGUGAGGAAGUUAACAUGCUUGGGGCUUAAAUAGUUUAGUGGGGGCAAAGGCAACAUAGGCCAUUAUAGAGGUAUUUAAAUUAUGCAUAGUGUGGAGAAAGAGAAGUUUUAUUUCCUCUCUCCUAUCACUUGAACCUGGGGGCAUCUAAUGAUGCUGAAGGGUGGGAGAUUUAGCACAGAUAAGAUGACAGACUUCUUCGUACAAUGCAGUUAAAUUCUGGAAUUCAUUACCACGACAUCUGGUGAUAGCCACCAAUUUCAACAGCCUUAAAAAGGGAUUAGGUAAAUUAAUGGAGGAUCAUAGAAUCAUAGAGUUGGAAGGGUCCCUAGUGUCAUCUAGUCUAACCCCCUCAUGUCUGUUGGUUUCCUCUCCUUAGUCUCCAUGUUGCCCUAGUAGAAUUCAGCAACAACAAGGAUGGGGACAAAACGAGAAUUGAUUGGCUUUGCCUGUGACUGGCUCUGGCUCCAUCUACUAUAGGCAUCGCUGUCUUCAAUGGGCACCAGCCACCACUGGAUCUGCGGUCGGGAUAGGGUUCAGUUUGAUUCAGUUAGCCUCUAAAGGCAAACCCACCUAAUUUGCAUUUUCUAAAAUACAAGAACCAAAACACAGCCACCCUUCAAAAUUCUAUGAAUUUUGUAGUGCAGUUCUACAGCUGAGUAAUGUGCACAAUAAUUCAUUUACAGUAUUGGGGUAAAGUUUGCAUAAAAUGCCUGUGCUAGUGAGAAUAACAUACAAAAAUGCAUUAGAGCAUUUGUGUAUAUGUAUUGGGUAAAAUUGCAUGCAGAUGAGUAUAUUAGGAUAAAUUCACACAAUAAUGCUGAUGGAUUUUCAUGAGGCCUUUACAAAAAAAAUAUAACCAGAUGUGGAAAAUGGAAUUUAAGAUUGGAGAAAUAAAAACCAAGAGAAAUUAAAAUCGACAGAUUUACCCAUCCCUAAUCUGAGAUGGUUGUGUGAGCUGAACACAAUUCAGCAUGCUUUAGGGUGCAGUCACUUCCUAGGAUAUGACACCUAUUGAGCUACACAAGGUUUACUUCUGAGUAGACAUGUGUAGGCUUACACUGCGAACGUAUUUUACCAUUCACGUGGUUGAACAUGGAUGUAUUGUUCUUUUGCAUCCCAAUUCCUCUUUGAUGAAUAGUUUGCCAAUGAACCUUGACACAGAAGGAACUGCUUAUAUUUAUUUGGGCUUGGUUCUGGUGUCUUUUCAAAAUGAAAGAAUGGAAUGAGGUUUUUUUUUUUUAAUUGCAAGGGAGCAAAGAUUAGCAAGGGCAGUGUGGAACCUGGUGGGCUUUGUGUAUGCUGCUGCUUUUCUGUAACUUAAUUUUUUUUAAGUGUCCAUAAAUGAUGUGAUUUGUGACCCACCUAAAAAAAGAGCAUGCCACAUCCUUCUGCUGAAAUUCUAAU